AUGGCGGACAAAAUGUCGACGUACUCGCCGCUGAUGGCCAAAAACCUCUCGAUCGAACCGAUGAAUACAAAUGAGGCGAAAUGGAUUACCCUGAAGAAAAUCACAUAUGAGGACCCAUCGGGAAAGCAAAGACUGUGGGAAUCAGCCGAGCGACAGACGAGACCUAAAAACGUUGAAGUCGACGCCGUCGGCGUGGUAGCUAUCCUCAACGACCCCAAAUCCACCAAAGGCCCCUCGCUGCUGCUUCAGAAGCAAUUCCGCCCCGCCGUCGACAAAGUCACCAUCGAGGUCCCCUCAGGCCUUAUCGACCCCGGGGAAUCCCCCGCCGACGCCGCUAUACGCGAGCUGAAAGAGGAGACGGGCUACAUCGCCACCAUACCCUCUGAUGCCAAAGCCGCCGAAGGGAUCUUGAUGUUUAAUGACCCGGGUUUCUGCAAUACGAACACGAAAAUGAUUUUUGUGGAGGUGGACAUGCGCGACCCGAGGAAUCAAGAGGAGAACUUGAAGCCCGAAUUAGAGGAGAGUGAGUAUAUAGAAUGCUUUACAUUGCCUUUGGACAACUUGUGGAACGAGCUAGCAGACCUUGAGGCCAAGGGCUUUGCGAUCGAUGCGCGUGUCGGGACGUUGGCACAGGGGAUGGAAAUAGCGAAGAAGUGGAAAGACGUGCUCAACAAGGAUCCCUCAUAG